AUGUCAUUGAAAUCAAUUAUCGCCAUCUUAUUGGUCAUUUGUUUACAAAUAAUUUCUUCGCAGGCAACUAAAAUUCCAGGGCUUCGAGAUGCAUGGAUUGUAACAGAUGUUGCUGGGAAACAAAAGAAUCCUGGUGAUAAAUAUUGCCUUACAAUACUUUCCCCCUAUGAUACCGUUGCUAAUAUUACCCUCGCCCGAAGAGGAUCUUUUAACGUCCUUAUUCUUGAUCCAGCCUUCAAAUUAUGCAAAGGACCCAACAAAUUUACUGCUAAACUUCCAAAAGAUGGUUUUUUCUCAUUACCAAAUCCUGAAUAUUAUUUCGUCGUAUCUGUUAAUGGAACUAGAGUUGAUUAUUCCGGAACCUUCACAAUUUGUAAACCUGGAUUUGGUAUCACCUUUACUAAACCAAAAGCUGGUGAUAUUUACACAAUAGGCCAAAAAUUAAAAGCUAAAUGGUCUGGUUCCUAUUAUCCUCCAGGUUAUCCUAAAGCUAAUUUCACAUUAGUCAGAUUUUUACUUGAACCUACAAAGUUUCUUCCAGGUGUAAUUCCUGUAACUUUCAAUUUCAUACCUGGUUAUAAUGUAACUUUCUCAAAAGGUUGCUUAGAAUUCAAAUUACCUAGUACAAUACCUCGUAAUACUUUAUAUAAAUUCGGAUGUUUGAUAACAUCUACUAAUAUUACAAACUAUGUUAUUCAAAUUUAUUCAGCUGGCACUUUCUUAAUCGUUUAA